ACAGGCACAGUGAGAGGCCGAGCAGGUGGGUCGGAGAAGAUUGUGGACUGAUGGUUACAGAAUCAACCCAAUAAAUGUUGGCAGGGUGCAUUUCUUCAAACUACGGAUACGUUGGGGCUUUUUGUUUCUAUGGGGUUCAUUUUUUAUAGUCUGGUAAAGUUCAAGCACGAAAACCAUUUGUCUAGAUCGCAUUCUGGUUUGAAAUACUUGUUUUGGUUGUGACAAGCACAGCUGGAGAUUUCCCACCUUCCCAUCUAUAAUAUCAGAUGUUUGCCCAAACUGUCACAGCUGGAAACUGUCCCGAGGAUAUUCUUUAAAAUAUCCAUUGGCUGUCAUUAGCUUGGCAGCCUUCCCGCCUGUCACUUCGCCACCAUCAUCCCCUCCACCUGCUGAUGAGGCUCUAAUUCAGGCCAGGACAGGCCCAGAGAAAAGGGGGACGGGCGCGUUAAGUUCAGACAUUCGGAUGGAUUUCUAGUCUUCACUGACACAUCAGCUUGAAAAUAUUUAGUUUUCCUGGGGAUUCUGGAGGAAACACAGCAGGAGGAGGUGUGAUUGUUUGGGGGAUUUUGUCAGGGAGGAUUUAUUUUGAUUAUUGGAACGUUUUUUUGGGGGGGGAAAGGGCCAAUGGGUGCCAAUUUUACCAUCUGCUGCUGCCGGUACUAUCUGAGACACAACAGGGAAGAGAAGAGCGCAAUUUUACGCAUGCGCACCUCGUCGGCUUCCAGACAACCGGAGCCUGCAUCCAGCGAGUCCAGCGACAGCGACACAAACUGGGAGAGCAUUUUUGGGCCCCAGCCUCCGACAAGGAGCAAGAAGCCGAGCCAGAGGACCACCUCGUAUCCGCUGGCCACCAUCAGCAGAGCCCGCGAGGCUUCAAUCAGGCGAGGAUCCGAGGGAAAGCUGCAGGAUUUCAUCAACAUGAGAGACCAGGCUGACAAGGCAACAGAGGAAUGGGAGAAGCUGAAUUAUGACAUCUACACUCUGCGCUACACCCGGCGAGAAGUCCGAUCUCGAUGGAGGAAAAUCCUGCUGCAGCUCGGUUACCAGUGCGAGGUGGACGCCUUGCUGUGCGUGAACAGACAGAGCGGCUUCAGUCGAGAUCAGGAGCACUUCAACAAAGCCACGGAGCUGUUGAAACAGCUGCUGGACCACACAUGCCUGUUUCCUCCAGAAACUGGACACCAGAGCCGAUACCUCUACGUCAUGGACCGCCUGGUGUCGCUGGACAGCGCUGAGGACUUUGUCAGACUGGCCAAAGAAAAAUAUCCCAAAAAAGUGGGCUGAGAGACGGGAAGAAGACGAUGACACGAAGGCUGAGCGAAGUUGACGGAUACAGAUCUUUACAACACUAACGUUCAUUUAAGUUGUAGAACCAAAUUAAAACAUCUGUUGAUUGACGUCAUUUUA